UUUGUCGUCAUAAUAUCUCAAAAUGGCGGACGGGAUCGAAGUUCCCGUUCAAGUGAAAAUUCUUGUUCAAGAAAUCGUCAAAAUUGAGUUUGAGAUCCAAAAUAAUGUGCAAAGCAUACGUCAAUGCGAGGGGCCACUUAAUUUACUCAAUGACUUGAAUCUGAAGGUUAAACAAAAGUUGCAUUCUUUGCGACAGAAAGUCGAGGGUUUGGAGCAAGUGGCUUUUGAGCAAGACAAAGAAUCUGACAGACUAGCUAUAUUAGCAGCCAUGCAACAUCAUAGAAAAGAGUUGUCAAGGGAGAACAUUUCCAGUGGACAUGGUGGAAGCAAAGGCAACUGAAAGGUUAAUAAAACCACAAAUGAAAUAAAAAGAAAACGGAAAAAGAAAAAAAAAGAGAAGCCAAAGUUUGCUUUUUGUGCAUGCCCAAGUGGAAAACUAAGUUUCUGACCUCAAAGGGAAAGGGAAAAGUUAGAUCUAUCUAGAUAUCAUCUUGAAAUAAAGGGUUGGGCCAUUUGGCCUCAUUCCCUUGGAGAAAUAGCCAGAUAUAGAUGUGCAGAGGGUUAUUUUUGAACGGUCAUUUUUGGCAGAAAUCCCAGGAAUAAAUGGCUAUAAACCUGAUCGAAAGCAGCAUUUGUCACUAUGAGCCUGUCAACCAGGCUGGUCCAGUUUAUAAGAUCAAGGUUUUUCACACACUUUUCUGUUGAUGUGUGAAAAAAUAAAACAAGUGUCAAGCACAAGAGACAGUUUUUCACCAUGUUUUCAGACACCAAGAAAAAUAAAAAUAAAAAUAAAACAUGCAGUGGGGUUUGCAUUUUUGAUGAACUCCAAGGCAGGGAUGGAUCUAGAGGGAGGUGCAGG